AAAAAAGGUUUGUCUUCUGGAAAUUAAAACCAAAACUUACUUUCCCAAACUCUAUCCCUAAAGCCAAAUCUCCGGCGAUAUCCCGCCCUCAAAUCAAUCAACCUUCGAUUUCUACUCUUACAGAAACUGAUUCUUAAUCAAAACUGAAAAAAAAGAAAAAACUCUCCCUUCACCAUUCUCUAGCCAUGACUUCCGACAGAAUCAGCGAACUACCAGAUCCGUUACUAACUAAAAUCCUCUCCCACCUCCCAAUCAUCGAUUCCGUCAAAACAAGCGCCCUCUCAAAGAGAUGGGAGUCUCUCUGGCCCACCGUCUCAUCACUCGACCUAAACGACAAACACAUCACCCCACCUUACAAGAAACUCUUCGCUUCCUUCAUCGACUCCUUCCUCGACCACAACUUCGAAUCACCCCUCCAAAACCUCAUCAUCAACUACGACGAAUGCAACGUCAACCUCUUCCCGAUCAGCGACUGGAUCACCACCGCCGUCGAUCUCCGCGGGAUCCAAAAUCUCGUCGUCGAGAUUCGGAAUCCGAUGUACGUCCUCGAUUUCACGCCCAAGAGUGUUUACAGGAGUAAGACGUUGGUGUCGUUGACGCUUAGGCACGUUAGGGUUAGGAAUCUUGAUGUUGUUUCGUUGCCUUGUGUUAAGAUGAUGCGUUUGGAGAAUGUUUGUUACGGUGAAGAAGAAGGUGGGUUGAGUGUGGAGAAGCUUAUCUCUGGUUGUCCUGUUCUUGAGGAUCUUGAUUUGGUGAGGAAGUGUGAUGAUUUUGUGGAGAGGCUUCGUGUUGUGUCUCUGAGUUUGAAGAUGUUUCGGUUAGUGUUUGGUGGUGGUGGUGGUGGUGGGGAUGAGUAUGAGGUUGAGAUUGAUGCGCCGGGGCUCGAGUAUUUGAGUUUUAAAGAUAGUAAGUCUGAUAGGAUUGUGGUGAAGAGUUUGAGUUCGUUGGUGAAGAUUGAUGUUGAUAGUGUGUUUAAUGUGAAGUUUGGGGGAAGUGUGGAUUUUAUGAAGAGUGAUACUAUUCGUGAUUUUCUUAUUGGGGUUUGUAGUGUAAGACAGAUGAUUAUCUCUGAGCCUACUCUAGAGAUUCUGUAUCGUUAUUCCAAACUGGUACCGGUUGCUGAAUUUCAAAAGUUAUGUUAUUUGCAAGCUGGGUUUUCGACCACUUCGUUGCAGUUGUUGCCAGCCUUUCUUGAGAGCUGCCCAAAUCUGAAAAAUCUAGUCUUGGACAUUUCUGUUUCAACGGAGUCAGAGCAGAUUAGUUUUACCGAUGUGCCUCGUUGUCUGGCAUCGACUUUGGAGUGUGUUGAGAUUAACAAAGUGAUUAUGAGGGAGGAAACUGGGAUAAAACUAGUGAAUUACUUUCUUGAGAAUGCAGCAGUGCUCAAGAAACUUUCUGUGAGUUUCGCAGAUUCUCCUAUGGCCGACGAGGAUUUAGAUAUCUACAAGGAGCUUCUUACAUCUACAAAGCGUUCUCGCAUAUGUCAAGUUUUCAUCAGCUGAUGAUGCUGGUGGGGGCACGUGAGCAUUUGUCAUUGAGGAGGGGAUGUUCAGUUCUCAUGAAAACUGCAUUUCGUAAGUAAGGUUUAUUAGGAUUUGAACGACAAGAGCGUGAUGGGAAAGAACAACUGGAAGCUGCUGUCUUCACUUACACUUUGCAGAACAACCUCUUUCUAGAAACAAGUGAUUAAAGUUAUAAUCUGCAUUUAAGAGUCUGGUCUGAAUCUUAUUAUAUAGUACUGACUGGAGUAAAUCGCACUCUUACUCUUCCUAAGUAUAUAGUAUGUUCUGUUCUUUUUCAGACUGAUAAUCAUUCUGUUUUUGAUUCUUCACCUUGGGGUGUUUCACUGUUAUUAUGUUGUAUAUUUGGUUUCAUUCAGUAAACAAUGCAAUUAUGCAAUAAUGGUAUACUUAAUUGUUG